AUGUUGCGUGGCACUCGUGGGUUUUUGGCGGUCUCGCCGGGCGUUGGGAUCGCCCCGGAGACAACUCCCGUGAAAUAUACUCCGAUGAUGCUGAACAUACAGAACAUGAUGUGGUGGAAUGGGAAGCGCAACCUCUAUCGUGCCACGUAUCGGGAGAAAACGUGGUAUGAGAUAAGCCGCACAGGUGCAUUCACCAAAGGACGGCGGCCAGUAAUGAGGCAGAAAUAUUCGCGUGAGGCGUUACAAGCGGCCCUAGCAAUGGUGCCACCAGGGUUUGAGGUAGCUGAUGUGCCACGGCCUCCGCAGAGGAUUUUGGCGCAGUCAGAGGGUAUCGUUGGUCGGUGGUAUAGUAAUUACUGGACUCUACAUUCUAUGAGGUAUCAGUGCUUACUCGCCGGCGUAGAGUGGCCCCUCGGUGAGCGACAGCGACCGCGUACGAAUUACGACGAACCGUUUUUCUUCGCAGACUUUGAGGAGAGCAAAGCAAUACAGGACUACAGGAGUCGUUGGAUCAACGUAAACCGGAGCCUGGUUGGUAUGACGAAGCGUAUGAAGGAGGCGGAGGAGGAGGCGCGCUACAUGCAGUUCAGAAAAUUGCAGGACACAUUUUGGUCCAACCGCAAAGUUCUGGUUAACCGCGUGAAGUCGAUGUAUAAUCAAGGUGCGAGAACCUCGGCUAAGGACAUGCCCAUCAAAACGAUAAAUAUCAAGGCGUUUCUUUCGGAAUAA